AUGGGCGGUGGGUGCCGGGCUGGGGCGCUGCGCCCGGCCGCGCUGCGCCCGUCGGGGCCGCGGCUGCAGCUGCGGCUGCUGCUGGCCCAGGCGAUGCUGCUCUGCGCCGCCGGGAGCGCCGGCACCGUGAAUCCCUGCUGCUCCUACCCGUGCCAGCACCGCGGCGUGUGCGUGAGGGUCGGCCUGGACGGCUACGAGUGCGACUGCACGCGCACCGGCUACUCGGGCGCCCACUGCACCGCACCCGAGCUCUGGACCCGGCUCCGCGCCCUGCUGAAGCCGAGCCCGGGCGUCUUCCACUUCGUCCUGACCCACUUCAAGUGGCUCUGGGACGUCAUCAACGCCACCUUCGUCCGGGACACGCUCAUGCGGCUGGUGCUGACAGCGCGCGCCGAGCUCGUCCCCAGCCCGCCCACCUUCAACUCGGCCUACGGCUACGUCAGCUGGGAGGCCUACGCCAACGUCAGCUACUACACGCGGGUGCUGCCGCCCGUGCCCGACGGCUGCCCCACGCCCAUGGGCACCAAAGGCCGGGAGCAGCUCCCCGACGCUCGGCUCCUGGCGGAGAGGUUCCUGCUGCGGCGGCGGUUCGAAGCCGAUCCCCAGGGCACCAACCUGCUGUUCGCCUUCUUCGCCCAGCACUUCACCCACCAGUUCUUCAAGACCUACGGGAAGAUGGGCCGCGGCUUCACCAAGGCGCUGGGGCAUGGGGUGGACCUCGGGCACCUGUAUGGGGACAACCUGCAGCGCCAGCACCAGCUGCGACUCUUCAGGGACGGGAAGCUCAAGUUCCAGGUGGUGGACGGCGAGGUGUACCCCCCGACGGUUGUUGAUGCCCCCGUUCACAUGGUCUACCCGCCCGCCAUGCCGAAGGAGCAGCAGAUGGCCAUGGGGCAGGAGGUGUUCGGGCUCCUGCCGGGGCUCUGCCUCUACGCCACGCUCUGGCUCCGCGAGCACAACCGCGUCUGCGACAUCCUGAAGCAGGAGCAUCCGACGUGGAGCGACGAGCAGCUCUUCCAGACGGCUCGCCUCAUCCUCAUCGGGGAGACCAUUAAGAUAGUCGUUGAAGAGUACGUGCAGCACCUCAGCGGGUACUUCCUGAGCCUCAAGUUCGACCCCGAGCUGCUCUUCGGGGUGCAGUUCCAGUACCGCAAUCGCAUCGCUGUGGAGUUCAACCAGCUCUACCACUGGCACGGGCUGAUGCCGGACUCGUUCGUCAUCCAGGGGGAAGAGUACAGCUACGAGCAGUUCCUCUACAACACCUCCAUGCUCACGGACUAUGGCGUGGAGGCCUUGGUGGAGUCCUUCUCCAAGCAGACUGCAGGCAGGGUCAGCGGAGGGCAAACCAUCAACGCCAACGUCUUGAAAGUGGCGGUGGGGGUUAUCGAGGAGUCCCGGCAGCUGAGGCUGCAGCCCUUCAACGAGUACCGCAAGAGGUUUGGCAUGAAGCCCUACGCGUCCUUUCAGGAGCUAACAGGAGAGGAAGAGAAGGCAGCAGAGCUGGAAGAGCUCUAUGGAGACAUUGAUGCCCUGGAGUUUUAUGUGGGCUUGCUGCUUGAGAAACCCCAGCCCAACUCAAUUUUUGGGGAAAGCAUGGUGGAGAUUGGAGCUCCGUUUUCCCUGAAGGGGCUUCUCGGAAACCCCAUCUGCUCCCCCGAGUACUGGAAACCCAGCACAUUUGGCGGAGCAACGGGCUUUGAGAUAGUUAAGACAGCGUCGCUCAAGAAACUUGUGUGCCUCAAUGCGAAGAAGUGCCCAUACGUGUCUUUUCGUGUGCCGGACUCCGUGGAACCAGGAGCAACUAGGAGACACCAAGGCGGUGGACCAUCUACGGAGCUCUAGCGCCACGACAGCCCUGCACAGAGAGCGGUGGGGAAGGAGAGACACCUGCAACUCCCUCUACCAAACACCAGCAGGACAGAAGAUCGCACAGCUCUGGGCUUUCUCCACAACAUUGCUGGAGCACUGGGAGGGAAAAGCUGGUUCUAGUUCUGGGAAAAGCCAAAGUGCCUUAAAAAUUAUAGCUACCAUGACCCGUCCCUCAGUAGACGGGCUUCUGCUAGCAAAUACCUCGCGCUAUGCAGCUUUGGGGCUGUUCGGAGGACUCCCAGGUUCCUGGGGCGCUCUGAAUCCCCUACUCCGUCCCCCUGCCACCGCCACCGCUCUUAGCGCAUGAAGAGCCCGGAAGCGCGCUUGCCGCGCACCCAAACUGCGGGCGCUUUCCCCACGUCGGACACGGCGGAGCAGAGAGCAGGCGGAGCGCUCCCGGCUCACCAGCCUCCUCCUCCUCCUCCUCCUCGUCCUCCUCUCGCGCGGCCGGCGAGCGCGUGCCAGCGCGCACAGAGGCGGCGAGCGGGCGGCCGAGGCGAGCGCUGGCCGAGCUGCAGGAAGGAGCCCGCGCCGCCGCGUUGCUCCUCGGCCCAUCCCAGGCCGUCUCGCCGCCCCCCGGCCGGCUCAGCCGCGCGGGUUUCAAACGCUCCCGUUUGCACGGCCGCGGAGAAGCGGCGUCCCCAUCGCACCGGGGGGGGGAAAGCAUCCGAAACUGGGCCAGAACAAGGACGUAAGCAACGUAUCCGCGGCAGCAGACCGGCGGGGAGACUCGCAGCGGCACCUCCCAGACGGCCGCUCUCGGGACCGGGGUCCGGCGUCUGGAGCUCUCCCCGAGCGCUGCCCGGCCCCCGAGCAGCUCUGGCUCCCAACGGGCUGCUCCAACCUCUGCGCAAACGCGAACAGCGGCCUCUGCCCUCCGUCCCACGGUCCUUGGCCUCCGCUGCAGCCGUAGCCCCUUGGGUCGCGUCCCCGAGGCGCCGCGGGCCGAUGCAAGCGCCUUGAUCCUGUGCCAACACGAUGUGAUCGCUGGCAGCCGGUGCCACUGGCCUCGGUCCCAAGAAGGUCACAGCUCACCUCCAGGAAAACGGGCAUUUAAAACAGUGAUUUUUGCUUAAGCUGCUCUCGUUUCAUCCAGCAAGUUUUCAGGCUUUCACUCGCCAGAGCCAGGCCCCAUGACCGGGCAGCGCAGCCAGAAGGAAGCAGAAGCUGGUGGAGAACAAGUCGUCGGUGAAAGCCAGCGACCGCAGCCGGGAUACGGCGCAGCGCAGGGGCAGCCGGCGCGGGCCGCGCUCGCCGGCGCUGCAGACGGUCAGAAAUGAAUCCACUGCUGAAGAAGCAAAGGGGGCGACCCCCGGCGAGGAGCGCCGCCGAAGGGGGUCUGCGAGCCCCGGCCCCCUUGGCCGGCUCCGCUGCCUCGCCGCCAGCCUCCCUCCGGCCACCCCCGUUUGUAUCCUAACGCUGCAGAUGCUGAAAACACAGUGCUCAUGUGCAACGUUGUGUAUUUCUAUCACAUAAAAUCUAUCCGUACAUGAA